GUUGCUCACAUAUAAAUACAGCCUCAAAACCAUCCUGUCAAAAUAAUAUUCGGAUAAAGAUGAGCUGUUUUCGGUUCCUUGCUGUCGUUGCUUCCGCGUUUACUUUGGGUGCAGUGCUCUUGACUUAUCCAAAACCAAGUGCAUUCCCUCCUCCACCUGUGCAAGAGAUUUCACCUAUUACCGGUUUUCCGACAUGGCGGGAACAUAUAAAAGGAUUCGAUUUUCAAACUAACGAAACGCCAGUACUCUAUGCGUUAAUAGUUGACUUUAUAUUAGGUCUAUCAGCCUUAUACUGGACACUUUUCUAUAAACAACCAAAAAGCACAGUAUCAUUCUUUCACCAUGACAGUGAAACCGCACCAGCGACACUAUUCAACACGAUAAUCGCCAUAUACAUACUGGUCACAAGUUGGGCCCCGCUCGCUAGUUUAAUUGUCGAUCUUUCAAAGCUCUGGGUACCUGUCGGUGUUUUUCAUAACGCGGCGGAACUCAUGUUCUUGUGGCUGUUAUUCACGGGCGGGAAAGUAGCUUCGAAUUUUUACUUUCCGGCAAUAGGUAUUUAUAUGAUUACUGUUGUGGCAACUUGUAUGUAUGCUCCGUGGCCUUAUGAUGCUGUUUUCUUUAAAGCGCAAGGUCUCGUUCUUGAUUUUAUGAUUAUUAUCGUAUUCACACAAAUCAUUCUUGAGACACGUUCACGAUUCAAAGAAGAUGCUGAGAGUCACACACCAAUUGCUGAUUUAGAAGACGAAGAAGACCGCGAGCGAUUAACUUCUCGUGCUAAACUUUACCCCACGACUGUUGAUCACCCAAAGCAAUUAUACAUAUUAUUAGCUGCGGGUAUCUUUCAUAUUCUUGGUAAUGCCAUAGGUACUAUAUUUUCGGACUCGUUUAAAGCGUAA